AUGCGAUUUCUGCAGAUCAAUGGUAGCGACAGGCUCAGCCUUGUCGAGCUGUUGCCUGAUAAUCUCCCACCUUACGCGAUUCUUUCGCACACUUGGGGCCCCUCCAAUGAAGAAGUAACUUACCAAGAUCUGCUUGAUGGGAAGGGUAAAGAGAAGUUCGGUUACCGUAAACUUAUCCUAUGCGGACGGCAAGCCGAUCAUGAUGGCUUUCAAUACUUUUGGGUCGACACAUGUUGCAUCGACAAAACAAGCAGCGCGGAACUUUCGGAAGCGAUAAACUCAAUGUAUUCCUGGUAUCAGUCAGCGGACGUAUGCUAUGCGUAUCUAGCUGAUAUAGGCUCCAAGGAUUACUUCCCAAUAAGCAAAUGGUUCACCAGAGGCUGGACGCUCCAGGAAUUGUUGGCCCCAAAGGAGAUGGUAUUCUUCGACAAGAACUGGUCUCUUCUGGGGACUAGAGCAGACCUGCAAGAGGAAAUAUCCGAACGUACUCGGAUUCCUGUCAGUGUGCUCUUGCAAGCAGAACCUGUCGAAACUUUCAGCGUUGCACAAAGAAUGUCAUGGGCCGCAGAAAGAAAAACAACGAGGAUAGAAGACAUAGCUUAUUGUCUGUUAGGCAUAUUCAACAUCAACAUGCCUUUGAUAUAUGGAGAAGGAGAAAAUGCUUUCAUCAGGCUCCAAGAGGAAAUCUUGAAGAUAUCGGAUGAUCAUAGUAUUUUCGCGUGGCGAUCAGCCGAUGAUCGUGGUGGUUGCCUAGCUACUUCGCCAGCCUCGUUUCGCAAAUCCGGAAACAUCGUCCAGUGCACUACUCUCGAUAGAUCCUAUGACCCAGUCAUAUUGAGCGGCAAGGGUGUUCAUCUCAACAUCCGAUUCAUGGGUAUUGGUCACGACAAGCUUGGCUGUGCAAAGCUCGAUUGCCUCGAACAGGGAAGUGGAGAUGAGAGGAUUACCAUCUUUCUGAGGGAUAUGAGCCUUACCAUGAGACAUUUAAGGAGAGUCAAGACUGAGGAAUUUUCGCAGACGGAUUUCGAGGAUUUCAUGUCAUCACGGUAUCCGGUCAGACGAUUAUGCAUACAAAAAUCGCGUGUGAAAUCGAAACGGAAAGGCCAGCUCUAUGGAGAGCUCAGAGGCACUGCAUCUAUUACAGUCGCAUCUGGACAGCUACCACGGGAAGAGUUACAGGCUGGAAGUUUCAAGUCGUUGCUUGAGGUAGUCCAAAAAGGGACUGAGGACGAUGUAUGGAUGUUUCUGACAAGAGGAAAUGUCGAAAUGAAUGAAGCGGACCACAAUAAGCAGACAGCUUUGACUCACGCUGCGCGUGAUGGAAAAGAAAACAUUGUUCAGAUGUUACUAAAUCAAUCCGGCAUUGAUAUCAAUCCUCAAGACAUACAUGAGCGGACGCCAACGUGGUGGGCAGCAUCGAGAGGACACACAACUGUGAUUAGGCAUUUACUCGAAACAAGUAAAGCGAAGGUCAACCUAGCAAACAGCGAUUUCUCAACACCAUUAUACGUCGCAGCAAGAGCAGGUCAUGUGGAAAUAGUUCGACUACUG